AUGAUUGGUGUGAACAGACAAGAAAAAGAUGAAAUAGAAAAGAUUAAACAAGAAUCAGAAAUUUUAUUAGAAGGAGUAAAGAAAGAAUUAGAAAAAUUAAUUCGACAACUAAAUGAAAGAAAUCAUGAAAAUAAUCAAUUGUUUAAGGAUAAAGAUACGUAUAGAGAAGAGAAGAAAAAUUUGAUAGGAAAUGUUCAACAAACAUUGAAGAAUAACGAUGAAAAUAAUUUGCCAAAAAUUUAUAAAUCAUUAGAGAAAUGUGAAAAAGAUAUUAAUAGAAAAAGAAAGGAUAUCGAUCAAAUUGAUCAAAAUAUUAAUUCAUUAGAAGAAACUAUUCGUUUUCAUCAGACACAACAGGCAAAGUUAGAAAGAAAUAUUCAAAAUUAUCAACAAAUAUUAGGAUCAGGUGACAAUAGAGAUAAGCGACGAGCUGUUCUCAUUAUCUGCGAAAAUAUUGCCAAUUUAGAAAAAAUAACUGCAAAAGUUCGACAAGCAUUCCAAUCGAAUAAAAAAAAAAUAUCUAUACCUAUGAUCGAGCUUAUAGAAAGAUUAAAUGUUAACUACUUUAAGAAACAGAAUGAAGAUGAAGCACAAAUAUUGUCACAUCAUAAUAAUGCUAUUUUGGAAGCGAUUGGUAGUGAAGUCGGUUCGGAAAACUUUCGUAAUGGAAAAAUAACAGGAGAUAUUCCUACUGAAGUUUACAAAGAAUUGUUGAAAGAUGAUUAUGAUAUGAUAAAAGAUAAUCGAAUCAGUAAAAAAGCUAUUAUUGGAUCAAAAUUUUUAAUAACAUCCAAUGCUAAAAAAUGGAGUCGAUUUUUAGAUAGUAAGAUCAAAGAUGGAAGAAGUGAAGCAAAAAAAAUCGAACCACUUUUAUUAACGAAAGGCAAAUUGUUAACGUAUGACAGUUUUCUUGACAAGUUAGAUGAUCCUGUGUUUUGUUCAUUGGGAAAUGAUGCUAAAAAUUUAUUACUAGGAAAAAACUUAAUUCUAUUAAAUGCCGGAAAUAGAACUCUAUUGAAUGAUCAAUUUGGAGAAACAAUUGAGAUUGUUACUCACGUCUCUGAAACUUUAAGACAGACUAUAGCUGAAAAAUUAAAAGAUACAAUUUUUGGUGAAAAUAUAUCACAAAUUCAAGAAAUAAUACAAGCAUCCUUAUCUGAUAAGGAGAGGUUUUCAUUAAGCCCAGAAGAUAUUGUUAAGAAAACUACUUUGAUCAAUACAUUAAAAGAAUUUGGACAUGAUCGACAAAUGUCUGAAGAACAAAUAUUGAAUAUAUUAAGAUACUUAGAAUAUAACAAGACUCUUAGAGUCGAUGAAAGUUUAGAAGAAAAAUUUAAUGAUAAUACUAAUAAUCGGGUUUUCUGUGGGAAAAAAGAAAAAAUUAAAAAGUUUUUACCAGGAAAAGAAUCCUAUACAUUAACAUCAGGAGAAAAAGUGAGUCUACAACCAGAUGAAAGUAAAGUUUCAAUAAAUCAGCUUAUUGCAGUUAUGGAAAAAAUUGGAAUAACAGAUAACGAGAAAAUUAAUGAUCUUUUUAAUUAUUUAGCUCUUGAAUUUUAUUCUCUAAAAUUCAUUAAUUCUUACAAAGAAUUUUACCUUGAAAACAAUAAUAUACAAAAAAUUAAAGAAUAUUUAUCGAAAAUAUCGUUUAUAUUAACAGAUGAAAAUAAAGAAGAAAUAAAAGCAAAAAUAAAAAUGUUUAAUUUUAUUCGAAUUGGCUCACUAAAUAAUAAAAGCGCACUCAUUAAAAGAACUUUAUUGGAAGCAAUCGACCAUAAUAAGUCUAAUUUAAUUAGUGAAGAUUUUUGUAUUAAUCUAGAAGAGUUUGAACUCCUUAGAGGAAUUCUACAAGAUAAUGGUAUCAAAGAGCCAAUGCUUUAUGAACUACUUCUUUCUAAGUCUCACGACCGAACUUCUUCUAAUAGUAACAAAUUAUUUUAUUCAAACUUGGAAAACAUUUUAAUUAUAUUGUAUAACAAUGAUGGUAAGAUUUCAGAAGAAAACUUAUCAUUACGAACGGCUAAUGAAGUCAGCAAAGAACUUUGGUGUCGUUUAAGAGAAGUGACUGUAAUAAAAGAAGCUAAGGUUUAUUUUAAAUUCACUAAUGAUCCCGAAAAAAGAAUCGAAAAUAUUCAAAAACAGGUUGAAAAUGUAGUUAAAAAGGUAUUUGGUUUAAAAAGAAAAGAUGAUAUUAUGUAUACAAUCACAGAUUGGACAGAUUUUGCCGAUUUUACAACAUCACAGAACAAGGAACUUGAUGAAUAUAUUGAUAGUAUCACUAAGAUUUUGAAACAUGCUGCAGGACUUAUGGAUUAUGUUUGGAUGUGUUUUAAUUCAGUUCUAUCCGUAAAAGAAGAUAAAGGUCAUUGGAAUUGGGAUGCAUUUGCUUGUGCCAUGAUAGGAAUAGCACAAAUUGUUGCAGGUAUUACUUUAGAUAUAUGUACAUGUGGUGCUGCACAUUAUUUUGCUCAAAUUCUGAUUGCAGAAGGCAUUAGAGAUAUUAUUUUUGCGAUUCAAUCAGAGGUAUACAGGAAAACUUUAAAUUGGAAAGCUUAUUGCCAACAUAAGGUUCAAAGUUUAAUCAUUUCUCUAUUGACAGCAGGAGUUGGAAGUUAUUUAGGUAAAGGUACACAAGUAGGACAGAUGGGUAUCGGGUUAGCGACAAAGACAGUAAUAUUAAAAGCAAUAGGAAAAGAAACAUUGACUCAAUUAAUUACAGGUGUUACAUCAGGCAUAGUCAAUAUUACUACGGAUGAGUUAAAUAUUAUCAAUGAUAAUAUUCAUGCAGCUUUAUUAGAUCUACAACAUGGAGAUCUCGCAAAUGCAAUAUUUAAUAGGGUUACACAAAUAGCUCAUGGAAUUUCGGGAGCAUAUUCGAGCACGGCAAGAAUAUUUCAGAAAGGUACCAGCAAAGUAAUACUAUUUGGUUCGAUUGCAAAAAUGAUUGAUAAAACCGUUAGUGGAAUAAAAGAAGAAAAUAAAAAUAUCUCCAUAUUAGCUAAUAUUUCAGAACACAUCAAAUCUAUGGAAGACCAAAUGAAAAUUGCUAUGAAAGAAAAAGUAAAAAAUGAUUUUUUAAAACCUGGUAUACAAUUUACAUUAAACCAUGCUGUUAAACCGAUAAGAGAAUUCAUUACUUCUCCUUUUGAUAAUGCAAUGGAUGAACUAAAAGAUCAUAUAGAUAAAAGAGCUGAUGAAUAUAUGGAAUUGAUUGAAAAGAAGGGACAUGAAGCAUUAAGUAAACUAAUUUCUAGAAAACAGCGACCGUUAGAACAACUAGGUUGCUUAGUCGAUGCAAAACAUCUAAAUCCUAAAGUUUUAAAUGAAAACGUGUCUAAUUUAAAUGGUCAAUCUAUCGGGGACCUAAUCAAACAAUAUGGUGAUAACGUAAAAAUUGCUGUUAAAAAUGGAAAACUACUUGCAGUUCCUCCAACGUAUAAAGAAUAUAUGGAUAAUAUAGAAACGGGAAUAUUUGCAGGACCUAUCCAAUGUAUAUUAGCAGCAGACAAAUAUAAAGUAGCUAUAGAAGUAGUUGAUCCUGGAGACAAUUUCCAACCACAUAAAGAUGCACCAAAUGGUGGAACGAUUAAUCCUACUAAAACUAAAAACGGCAAGCCAUUUAAAGUGGCUUAUAUAAAGUCUGGAGAGAAGGGUAAAGUUGGUCACAUUGCCCCAGUUAUAGAAGUAGAUGACGAACUUAGAGUGGUGAAUAUAAAACAAAAUGCAGUUACACAAGAUAAAUGUUUUGCACAAACUAUGUUAUUUCUUGAAAAAUAUCAUGCGGGAGAAAUAAAAUCUGUGGAUAUUGAUAGUGAAUAUGAUUGUGGUAUAAGUAAAGAAGAAAUCAAUAAAUUUUACAAAAACUUAGCUGUAUUAGGAUGGCAGAGUAGUUCAUUGCGGCAAGUUUAUCAAGAAGGCAUUACUUUGAAAAAUUCUGAAUUUUUAGGAGGACGAUCAGCUGGAUCUAAUAACAGAGAUUUAGAACUUUCAAAACAAAGAUCAGUUAGAUAUCGUAGAAGACAUCCAGAUUCCGAAGGUGAAACUGAGAGCCAAAAUCCUUUUAUUGCGUAUAGAUCGCUACGUCCAGAUGAAAAACCUUUUUUCGACGGAUUACGUCCUCCCAAAGAUCACGAUCCUAAUAUAUCAGCAAAAGAUCAUAUUGCACAUGGCAGUAGAGCUAAGAAAAAAAGUGCAUACGUUUCUGCAUCGAGAAGCAUAAAAGUGGCAGCAGCGUGGGCUAGUGAAGGAAGUGGAUUGGUCGCAGAAUUUGAUGUACCAGAUCAGAAGCACUUGCCCUACGAAAAAAGAUCUGUAUUUGAUUUAACUGAUCCAAAGAUAGCAGACUAUCUUUUUGGUAGUAACAAUACAAGAAUUAAAAAUUAUGCAAAAAGUUCUCAAGAAAUAACUAUAAAAGAUGGUGUCGGCGCCGGCAAUAUACGUAAAAUCUAUGAAGCUGCCAGAGUAACACAUGAGGAACACUAUAGCUUGAAAAAGCAAAAGCCUGAUGGAGUGAAACUCGUCAGAACAAGAAAGCAAACAAAAGACUCUUCGUUGUACAUAAAGUUAGAAGAAACUUGGAGAAUGGCAAACAAUGAAAAUUAG